AUGGCUGCAUCGGAGAAGCUGUCAAUGCGGAGGGAAACGAGGUCACGGCGGAGAUGCUGGAUGUUCUUGAUGGUCGGUGCCAUGAUCGCGCAGGUCACUGAAGUCAAACUAUUUGUUGCACCUCGCGAGAGUGCGGAAUUGGAUCGACGGAAAGCUUUGACAACAGUGGUGGCCAGCAGCACGAUAGCAGUGGAACCUGCUUGGGCAGGAGACGUUUUCGCAAAGAGAGCGAAGCAAGCAAACGAUGCCGCAGCCAAGCCGAUCGAAAAGGUUGACCAAUUCGGGCGUGAGCUUGUGGAAAUUGCCCGCCCGAAGGGAUUGAAGAAGAAGCUAUACUCCUUUGACCUUCCCGUGAUCCCGGGUAAGGUCUGGGGAGACUACAGCAAGCAAGACCUGAAAGAGUUGGGUGUCAUCUUCAAAGGAAAGUUUGGCAACGAGACUGAAAACGCGGUGCUGCAGUCGCAGGUCUUAGCCGGCCCGGCAGAUGCGGAGUACAUUGAGAGCAUUAGAUCCAAGAAUUACACUGAGGGCUACGGCAUUCUUCGUGACCAGGAGUCACCAGGACAGAUCGACCUCGAGUGGACGGAUUUCGAGCGCAGACGGCGGACCUACUACAAGGUCCACAACUUCAUGCGAGUCCUACGCGACCUUAGCAACAACGAGGAUAAGAAGGAUGUACUCAUCCUGUUCAGCACGCUGGAACCACAGGUGGGGAAUCUGCAAAGUCUCUGGACGACCGUGCGAGAUUCUCUGAAGUUGGGUCGAUGA